AACAAAAAGAAACUGAGAUGAAGAAAGUGGAGACCCUUUCGCAGCCGGCAGAGACUGUUGGUUGGGUGGCCAAAACGAGAGCAUUCUUGGAAAUUCCGAAUCCGGCGAUCGUAAGAGUAUUCGGGAUAAGCAGCUUCGCAACGUUCGCAUCAGGAAUUGCCUUAGCCAUUGAGUGGUUAUGUCACGGAAAGAGCCACAGUGGAUUCGUGUGGAUCAUUUACUACGCAUUGUUCUUGAUAUGUCUUCCUCUUCUCAUCUUGAUUGGUCUACGUAUCUUCAUGGCUAGCCGCGGCGGCUCAAGUCAGAUUGCAGACUCAGUCGCAGCCAAAGAACCGUGUGUUGACGUUCCCAAGGCUCAGCCUGUGGAGAGAAACAGUUGCCGGAGUUUAGCUGUUGUGGUUGAAUCGGACGAAAUGAAGAACAUAGACAACAAGACGCCAAGGAUGAAACGUGCCGUUUCGUUCCCGUCCCACGGCAAAGUAAGAUCAUGUCGUACUCGUUAG